UCAGUCUCCAGUGACAGUCUCCCUUCUCUGACUGCAUACCUUUGUAAUGUUUGACAAACUGAAAGAACUGGGAGAAAACCAAGAACUCAACAACUCAGCACAGACAAGAGCCAACCGUGUUCUUCUACUGAAUUUAACAGUAUAAGUUAACUUACAAGCUUUUCAAGGUCAGACCAGCGUGAAGCACUGUACCAACAGGCCACUUGCACUAUUUCAAAAGCUUCUCUUAUCGCUGACUAGCUGGCAGGAUAGUUCCGAAAUUUAAAAAAAACCCUAAAACGUGCAGAUGCACGUGUCCAAACACCCUUCAGUUAGUGAAGAUUCCGAGUCAAAGUCCCUCAGUUACUCUUUAUGGCUUCGCAUAAACUUCAUCAAGGGUCAAAGGACAUAUCUGGCGCACAUGAAUGUGCACAUUUAUACCAAAGCAGCGACAUCUACUCUGCGACAUUCGGCAGGAUGAUGGACAGAGUGCUUGUACUGUUUGGACUGGUGGCUCUGGCUACUUCAUAUACUAUACCAGUUUCCCCGAGGGAAUAUGAGGUGUAUGAGAAUGGGGAGGAUGAGAACCCCAUCUUAAACCUGGGUUCAGAUGCCAACCUGUUUGAAGGGGACAUUUUACUUCCAGAAGGAAGAAAUGCCCUGAUUGAUAAAAUAUACAGAUGGAAAUUUCCAAUCCCUUACAUUCUGGGUGAUGAUUUAGAUCUGAAUGCCAAGGGCUGCGUCCACCAGGCCUUUGAAAUGUAUCGACUCAAGUCUUGCAUUGACUUCAAGCCCUAUGAAGGAGAGAAGACCUUUAUCAAGUUUGAAAAGAGAGGCGGGUGUUUCUCCAGCGUUGGCGACCAGCAGACUGGUCAGAUUCUAUCUUUGGGGUCAGGCUGUGACCACAAGGCAGUGAUAGAGCACGAGCUGCUCCAUGCUCUGGGAUUUUACCACGAACAGUCCCGCACAGACAGGGAUGACUACGUCGACAUCUGGCUGGAUCAGGUUACACCAGGACUUCAACACAACUUCAACAAAUACAAUGAUGACUUCAUUACGGAUCAAAACACGCCGUACGACUACGAGUCCAUCAUGCAUUACAGGCCCUUCUCCUUCAAUAAGAACGAAUCCAUUCCCACCAUCACCACCAAAAUCCCAGAGUUCUACAACAUCAUCGGCCAGUACCUCGACUUCAGCAAGAUGGACACCCUCCGGCUCAACCGCAUGUACAACUGCUCUGGCCCCCUCACCCUGCUGGACCAGUGUGCCUUUGAGUACGCCAGCAUCUGCGGGAUGAUCCAGGCCUCCUCGGAUGAUGCAGACUGGGUUCAUACGAAGAGCAGAGUCGGUGCGGAGGAUCACACUCUCCUGGGAAAAUGCAGAGAUAGCGGGUACUUCAUGCACUUCAGCACAAUGAACGGAAAGUCGGAGGAGUCUGCCCUGCUCGAAUCCCGCAUCCUCUACCCCAAGAGGAAGCUCCAGUGUCUGCAGUUCUUCUACAAGAUGACUGGGAGCCCCAAGGACAGGCUGGUGAUCUGGGUCAAGACGGACGACGGCACUGGCUCCAUCCGCAGAAUGAGGAAAAUACACACCAUCUAUGCGGAUUCCGACCACACAUGGAAGAUCGCCCACGUCCCACUGGAGGAAGGGGCGAAAUUUCGCUAUGCUUUCCAGGCCGUGCGCGGUGACCCCUCUCUGUCUGCCGGUGGCAUCUACGUCGACGACAUCAGCCUGACGGAGACGCGUUGCCCCAAUGCCGUGUGGAGAAUCCAGAACUUUACCAAGAUCAUGGAAACGGCUGACGUCGACACGGUCAUCAAUAGCCCCCGCUUCUACAGCCCCGAGGGCUACGGUUACGGUGUCAGCGUCAGGCCUCUGACGACCUACACCGAUUACACAGGGAACUACACUGGGCUGUACUUCCACCUGAUCAGUGGGGAGAACGACGUGGUGAUGCAGUGGCCGGCGGUAAACAGACAGGCCACCUUGGUGGUGAUGGACCAAGACCCUGAUAUUAAGCUGAGGAUGUCCACCGCUCGUAGCCUCACUACUGACAUGAUGAAGACACCGGAUGGAAAGUUGCUCUGGGACAAUCCGUCCAAGGUGGGGGACCUUGACCUUUCCUGUGGUUUCUACAGAGGUGGGUCAUGGGGCUGGAGGAACUUCAUCAAGCACUUUGACCUGCAACGGCGUAAUUACCUCAAGAACGAUGACCUUAUCAUCUUCAUCGACUUCGAGGACAUAACAUCACUGAUCAAAACAGAAGUUCCCAUCAAGCCAAGGGAGUGAGGUCACAUACGCCAUUGUACCAUGAGGAACUGGAGAUGCCACAUUUGCAGCCGGGAUGAGAAAAAGGAAAAACACGUUUUAAACUGCAUCAUUAUCUACUUAAAACAACUAAGGUCUUUGUUAUUAAACUGUUGACUUAAUAAAAAAGCAAGUUCUAAGAGCAAAA